AUGCCAAAGAAACGCUCGCUUAAGCCAGUGAAUAGAGGGUUUGCGACGACCUCAGUGCAGAAAAAAGUAGAAGAACCUAAGGCUGUAGAAGAUACACCAUCUACGCCUGCACCGCCAAGCAGACCAGCUACACCACCGUCUACGAGUCAGCAGGCGAUAGAAGAUGACAACGUGCAGCAGUUCUACCUUAAAGUACUCAAAGAUGUAGAAAGAAAUAUAAAAUCUAUCGAUUACGAUCGUAAAUUGGCUAAACAACUGCCAUCUCUUGAGAUAGACAAUAUCAACUAUCAGGAAUUACAGCCAUCUUUUAGUAGUGACGAUACAGAGAAUACGGAGAAGCUAUUUAUUAAGCUGGGUAUCACUUACAACACUCUCAAGAGGUUAGGAUUCAGCCACGACUCAAUAAUCUCUGCCUUCAACUCGACGAAUUCAUUCGAUCUCCAAAAUGCUCUUGUUUGGCUUGCACUCAACAUUCCCGAUGACGAACUUAAUACGACUGCUUAUACUACUAUUCCACCAUCACCACCAAAACCACUUCCAAUGCCUUCGCCAGCAUCAGCAUCAUCGCCUAAGAAGACCCCGAGCAGUGCAUCGACUUCAACGACACCCUCCAAGCAGUCGAAGCCAUCACAACCGAUCCCACAGAUCGCACUAUCGGAUGAUGACCAGCUCGAUCCUACAAACGCAUACGUCCGUUUCAAACUUCAACUUGAUGACGCUGAACGCGCCGCUGGAAUCGUGAAGAAGAAGAAGAAGUCGAAGACAGACGAUUGCUCUGAUCCACAAGUUAUAGCGCUCCGGGCUAUAGUCGAGGAGCUCCAGGGGAUGUAUCUCUUUGAUAAGAAGGAGGCAGACAAUGCUUAUAAAGAGCAUAGAAGUGAACUCGACAAGCAGCUUCUCCAAGAGCGUCUGAAACAGCCUCAACAACCACAAGGAUUACCAGCAGAGGAGAAGGAGAAGGAAAAAGAAAAAGAGAAGCCUACCACACCCCCAGCUGAUGAAAGCGUGGGUGAUCUUUUCAAGGAAGAAGAGCAAGAAGAACUCACAACUGACGGAAAACCAAUGCCUGUUGUUGAAAUGACACUCCCAAGGCAAAUAUCUGCUCGUUCAAUGCCAAGAACGAUAGUAGAAGAAACCACCUUGAAGAUUGACAAGUCAGCUCAAUCCUAUUUCCAAGUUAUCUCGAAAGGAUCUCGGGCUGUGAGAGCGUCAGGACUGAUCCAAUGGGGUGUUGAAUAUCAGUAUGCCCGUGAUGAAUAUGAAAUGAUUGACAUUGGCUGUCAGAAUGACAUACAAGCAAUCAAUUACACCGCCUUGAUACUACUUCAUGCGGUAUACCUCAAACAUCCAGCAGCUUGUACGUUCAAACCAUCACAAUUCCCUGCAUCUUUCCAAAACUUGUGGAAUGAACUUGAAGAAAAGCGCAAAGUUAUUGAGAUUACAAGGCAGAGUGAAGAGUACAAGAUGUUGAAGCAAUAUUUUGACGAGAAAAUGGAAGCUACACCUUCCAAGAGCCGCUCUACACCACGACCAACGAAGACUGUAGGGAUGGACGUAGAAUCACCUUUGUCUAAAGCCGAGGGUACUCAAGUCGAUACGAAGCUACAAAAAGACUUCGAAAAGAGACAGCAAACAGAUGCUUACCAAACUAUGUUACAAGCUAGGAAUGCACUCCCAAUCGCGGCUUAUCGUCAGACUAUCCUGGAUACUAUUGAUUCUUCACAAGUUAUGGUACUUAGUGGUGAAACCGGUUGUGGUAAAUCGACUCAACUUCCUGCGUUCAUUCUUGAAGACGCUCUUAGCAAAGGUCAAAAAUGUAAGAUUUACUGUACAGAACCAAGACGUAUCUCUGCUAUCUCCCUCGGUUCUAGAGUAUCAGUCGAACUGGGUGAAAAACCAGGAAUGGUUGGUGGUCCAGAAUCAUUAGUUGGAUAUGCUGUUAGAUUGGAGAGUCACAUUGGAAAAUCGACUAAACUUGUCUAUGCAACUAAUGGUAUAGCAUUGAGGAUGUUGGAAUCAAGCAAUGGUACAGACGGUAAAAGUGCGUUCGACGAUCUCACCCACAUCAUCAUUGAUGAAGUCCAUGAACGCUCAAUUGAGUCUGAUUUCUUGCUCAUCGUUCUGAAGUCUCUCCUUCAACAACACAAAAAUCUCAAGGUCAUCCUGAUGAGUGCAACUGUCGACUCUGAGAAGAUAAGUGCAUACUUUGGCGGAUGCCCAGUCAUAAGUGUUCCAGGUAGAACAUUCCCUGUCGAAGUUCGUUACUUGGAGGAUGCCAUAGAGUUUAGUGGCUUUAAAGUCGAUGAAACUUCACCAUAUGCUCGCAACCGUUAUGACAAAAUAGCCAAUAAAGGCAAAUCACAAUUGACAGAGUGGAAUGAUGAUGAUGAUGAUGAUGAGAACAACAGUGGUACAUCGACACCAAAAGAUCAGAGUAUUACUCCGACGCUACCUAAGAUUAGUGAAGAGACAUUUGCAACUCUCAACCAUCUCAAUGAGUAUCUCAUUCCGUAUGAUUUGAUUGUCAAAACGCUAGAAAGACUCUGUACAGAUGGACAGUGGAUUCAAUAUUCUAAUGCUACUCUUAUUUUCAUGUCUGGUAUGGCUGAGAUUAGGCGUAUGAACGACAUGCUCCAAGAACAUCCACUAUUUGGUGAUGCUGCUCAAUUUAGCAUUUAUCCAUUGCAUUCUAGCAUCGCAACUGACAAACAAGGUGCGGUAUUUGAUAUACCACCACCUGGUGUUCGCAAAAUAGUCAUUGCUACAAAUAUUGCAGAAACUGGUAUAACUAUUCCAGACGUCACAUGCGUUAUUGAUACUGGUAGACAUCGUGAAAUGCGUUUCGACGAAAAGAGGCAAAUCUCACGUCUCUUGGACUGCUUUAUCGCCAAGUCAAAUGCUAAGCAAAGAAGAGGUAGAGCUGGUAGAGUUAGAGAGGGAUUAUGUUUCCAUCUUUUCACUCGCGAUAGAUUUGAGAACAAACUUUCUGAUCACCCUCUACCAGAAAUGACUCGUCUUUCACUCCAGGAUCUCGCAUUGAGGAUUAAGAUCAUGAAUGUCCAGAUUGGAUCAUCGAUAGAGGACGUUCUUAUGCGAGCACUCGAUCCACCAACUUCAAUAAACGUUCAAAGAGCAAUUUCAUCACUUAUUGAAGUCAAAGCACUUAGGUCAAAUGAGGAUAUCACUCCGAUGGGCAGAAUUCUUUCAAGACUCCCUGUUGAUGUACACAUCGGAAAGUUUUUACUCUUUGCUGUUGUUUUUGGUUGUCUUGAUUCUGCCCUCACAAUAGCAGCGACGCUGAACUCUAAAUCACCGUUCGUUACGCCUUUCGGUCAAGAAGUUGAAGCCAUGAACGCCAAGAAGGCUUACAAUGAUGGAAAUUCUGAUUUCGUUGUGAUUGUGAAGGCCUACAAUGGCUGGAAGCAGGCAUUACAAAACCAAGGCUGGGCAUUUAUGAAGAGAUACUGCGACCAGAACUACUUGAGUCUUCAAAAUCUCCAGUCAAUUGAAGAAUUGAGGAUACAAUUAAUGUCAUACCUUGUUGAUGCGAACUUCGUAACACUCAAUCCAAAACAAAUUCGUGAACUAAAUGCUGCUCGCAUGGUCAGGACCGGAAGAGGAUCUAUAAGAUUCUUCGAAACUCCAGAAGAUCUCAACCAUAAUGCUGGAGAUUACUCGAUAUUACAUGCUGCUAUUGCAGCGGGAUUAUUCCCAAAACUGAUAUCGCUAGACUGGCAUACGAAAACUAUGAAGACUAUACAGAACAAUGCGAUAGUCUCUAUACACCCUUCAUCGCCAAACUCAAAGAUAAGAUGGCAAGAGUUUGGUUCAUCAUUUUUAUGUUAUUUCACAUUAUUGCAAUCGAAGAAGCUCUAUGCUCACGAGGUUGCUCCGAUUGAUAUCAUGGCAUUGGCACUAAUGUGCGGCGACUUAGAUCUAAAGAUCGCUUCGAAUACCGUACAAAUUCAUAAUAAGGUUAAGAUUCACCUUGAUCUACGUACCUGUGCAGUUAUCGCAUGUCUCCGUGAGGGCGCUCAGGCAGCGAUCAACGCUAAGAUUAGAGGAAAGGAAUGGUCAAGUUAUCAAAAUCACACAUUUGGAAUUGCAUUGGACGUCUUAAAAGGCUUACAUUAAUG